GAGCUGAAACUAUGGCGGCGUCCGCGUAGCUGUGAAACCAAAACACUGCCAAUAAAAUUAGACUUGUUUUUAUUUUCCGCGCUGAACCUUCAAAGUUACGACGGUUGUGCGCUUUUAUACUUGUGUUUGUUUAGCAAAAAAAAGAAGGUAAAAAGCAGUAGAAAUAGAAACAAGUCAUGGCCCUCCUUUUGAAUUAGCUUAGCCGACAGGCUAAAAAAACUGCCUUUUUUAUUCAUUCAGCAGCAGAUUCUCGUCUAAAAGCCAUUAACGGUUCAUAGCGGCGACUAACGCCAGCAGGAUGCCGGCCUUCCGACAAGUGGGAGAGAAGCAACUUCCAAACCCUGUUCUGUGUAUGGCAUGGUCUCCAAAGAGGGAUCUGAUUGCCCUGGCCAAUACAGCUGGAGAGCUGCUGCUACAUCGCCUGGCUAGUUUCCAGCGUGUUUGGAGCUUACCGCCCAGUGAGUGUACUGGGAAGGAGAUCACUGCACUUGCAUGGAGACCAGAUGGCAAAAUACUGGCCUUCAGUCUCGGAGACACCAAGCAGGUGGUCCUCUGUGGUGUUGAGAAAGCAGAGAUUCUUCACGUGUUUCCAGUGCAAAGUCCUGUAACCUGCAUGCACUGGAUGGAGGUGGUGGAGGAGAGCAGUGCCCUCAGCUCCUUCUACAACUCCGAAGAUGAAUCUAAACUUUUCCUUCCUAAAAUACCAACUCUCCCCAAGAGCUACAGCACAACUUCAAAGAUCUUCAGUGAAGAAAAGUCUGAUGAGAUACUCAAUCUCCUGGGAGAAGUCAGACUAAACAUACUUGUUCUUGGUGGGGAUGCUGGUUUUGUGGAGCUUUAUGCAUAUGGGAUGUACAAGAUUGCUACUCUCGGCGGGGUUUCCGGAACAUGUCGCAGUCUGAGUCUGUCCAGCGAUCUCAAGUCCCUAUCUGUCAUCACAGAGGUCAGGUCUGCUGACAGCAAUCCAGAGAUCUGUUACAUUCAGCUGGACACGGGCUUGUUGUCAGACUGUUUGCCUGAGGUCACCAGGAUGGCACGCAAGUUCACCCAUAUCUCCACCCUGGUGCUUUACCUGCACCUCUCUCUUACCUGUAUGUGCGAAGCAUGGGAAGACAUCCUCAUGCAGAUGGAUCUUCGCCUCACUAAGUUUGUUCAGGAAAAGAAUACAAGUACACAAGUUCAGGAUGAAUUUCUGGAGCUUCUUCUGUGGGGACAGUCUAGCCCUGAACUCCAGGCUCUUCUGAUGAACCAGCUGACUGUCAAGGGUCUGAAAAAGCUUGGCCAGUCCAUUGAUUCGUCUUAUUCCAGCAUCCAGAAGCUAGUGAUCAGCCACCUGCAGAGUGGCUCAGAGGCUUUGUUGUAUCAUCUCAGUGAAGUGAGAGGAAUGUCCCUCUGGAAGCAGAAGUUUGAGCCCCUCGGUUUGGAUUCAGCUGCUAUAGAGGGUGCUAUCACAGCUGUAGGCUCCUUCUCUCUCAAAGCCAACGAACUUCUGCAGGUGAUUGACAAGAGCAUGAAAAACUUCAAAGCCUUUUUUCGGUGGCUGUAUGUAGCAAUGCUGAGAAUGUGUGAGGAGCACGUACCACCAGAACUCAACAAGAUGACUCAGAAGGACAUAGCAUUUGUUGCUGACUUUUUGUCCGAGCAUUUCAGUGAGAAUGAGGAACUCUUUGAUCGCAAAGGGAAGUACUUCAAUGUAGAGCGAGUUGGUCAGUACCUGAAAGAUGAGGAUGAGGAUCUUGUGUCUCCACCCAACACUAAAGGGAACCAAUGGCUAAAGUUUUUACAAGAGAGCACACAUCUGAAGGAGAGUCCUUUGCUGUUUCCGUCAUAUCCUCAAAAAUCUUUGCACUUUGUCAAGAGAAUGAUGGAGAACGUGAUUGAGCACUGCCUACAGAAACCUGCAGAAGUCAUUGGGAACUCUGUGAAACAAGCUGUCUUUUUGCCCCUAUACACAGUACCCCAGAGUUCGGAAAACACUCCUCGACUUUUUGAACUUCCAUCUUUGUGGAACGACAAAAAAGCCAAAAUGCACUGUGUUGUGUUCUGCAUGCCAGACAUUUCUCCUGGCAAACUUUACCUGUUACGAAGAGGAACAGACCCAAACAGGCAUAUCUCAAACAGUGUCAUGUCAUUUGACCUCAGCCAUCUUCUUGACAGUGAGACCAAUGGCAGUGCUGCUGACCGGUCUGAUUUUGUUUACAGCUGCCUGGAUGCUCGUUUCUAUGACGAUGACAUUUUGACGGUUGUCUUGCAAGAACUGGAGGAACAGAACGGCAGGCGUCUCCUGGCUCAGCUUCCUCUUGCUUCCAGCUUGAACUGUGAAACUGAAUUUAGCUGGGAGCCCAACCUGAGACUGGACCAGCAGAGCAGCACCAUCCCCUGCCAGUCUGUAGUGCUGGGGAAUCAGUGGCGUGAACUGGAAAACAUGAAGGCUCAGUUUGUAGCCGUCAAUGGAAUCCGCAAAGUGGCCUGUGUGCUAAGUGCCAAUCUGAGACACAUACGUGUCUUUGAGAUGGAUGUAGAAGAUGAGGACGACGAGGGAGUUGACUCACAGAACGCCAGUGCUGACCAGGAUGGGCUGGACACUACAACAACCAGCCAGGAGCCUGGACCGGAGACCUUUUAAGCUGCAGGCAAUGCUGGAGAACAGGAAGAUGUGUUUCAAAAAAACUGAGGACCAGCUAGAGUCAGAGGAAGCCUUAAAACUCCCACGAGAAAUUAAUCAGUAAUCUCUUGCCAAAAUAAAGGACUGGCUUUAUCUUCAGUCGAUGAUGAUGGGUAUUACUUUUUUUUACAGCACUCUGAACAUUACUCUUUGAAAAUAAAAUAUUGUUUUGUUAAUAA